GGCUGCAGCUCCCGGCGGCCAGCAUGAAGCGGGACGUGCGCAUCUUGCUGCUGGGCGAGGGUAGCCCAGGUGGGGAAGACGUCGCUGAUCCUGUCGCUGGUGGGCGAGGAGUUCCCCGAGGAGGUCCCCCCCCGGGCAGAAGAGAUCACCAUUCCCGCGGACGUCACCCCAGAGAAGGUGCCCACCCACAUCGUGGAUUACUCAGAGGCUGAGCAGACAGUCGAGGAGCUCCAGGACGAGAUUCACAAGGCAAACGUGGUGUGCGUGGUGUAUGACGUGUCUGAGGAGGCCACCAUUGAGAAGAUCCGAACCAAAUGGAUCCCACUGGUGAAUGGGGAUACCAAGAGGGGGCCCAGGGUCCCCAUUAUCCUGGUGGGCAACAAGUCGGACCUGCGGCCGGGGGGCUCCAUGGAGGCUGUGCUGCCCAUCAUGAGCCAGUUCCCCGAGAUCGAGACCUGUGUGGAGUGCUCGGCGAAGAACCUGAAAAACAUCUCAGAGCUGUUCUACUAUGCACAGAAGGCCGUGCUACACCCCACUGCUCCCCUCUAUGACCCUGAGGCCAAGCAGGUGGGCUGAAGGUGCUGGUGGGGAGGGCGAGCAGGAGGGAGCGGUGGGGUGUUGAGCCACUGUCCCCACAGCUGAUGCCCAAGUGCGCCCAGGCCCUCACACGCAUCUUCAGGCUCUCAGACCAGGACAUGGACCAGGUGCUCAGUGACCAGGAGCUCAACGCUUUCCAGGUGCACCCUCUUCUGUCUCCUGGCGGUACCCACCCUCCCAGCUGCAGCCGCACCCCACGCCUCGGCUGCCCUUGUGACGGAUGGAGAGGGCAGCUGUCUGACUAACGGCCACUUUCUCUUGGAAGCAGAUGUCCUGCUUCGGGCACCCUCUUGCCCCGCAGGCCCUGGAGGACGUGAAGAUGGUGGUGAGCAAGAAUGUGGCAGGAGGUGUGCAGGAUGACCGGCUGACCCUGGACGGCUUCCUUUUCUUGAACAUGCUCUUCAUCCAGCGAGGCCGCCACGAGACCACAUGGACCAUCCUGAGGCGCUUUGGCUAUGGUGACUCGCUUGAGCUGACGGCCAACUACCUCUGUCCACCGCUCCGUGUGCCCCCCGGAUGCAGCACCGAGCUCAACCACCGCGGCUACCAGUUUGUGCAGAGAAUGUUCGAGAAGCAUGACCAGGACCGGGAUGGCGCCCUCUCGCCAGCAGAGCUGCAGAGCCUCUUCAGCGUGUUUCCUGCUGCUCCCUGGGGGCCCCAGCUCCCUCACGCGGUCCGCACCGAGGCCGGUCGGUUGCCCCUGCACGGGUAUCUCUGCCAGUGGACUCUGGUGACCUACUUGGACGUCCAGCACUGUCUUGAGCACCUUGGCUACCUGGGCUUCCCCACCCUCUGCGAGCAGGAUUCCCAGGCCCACGCCAUCACAGUCACCCGGGAGAAGAGGCUGGACCAGGAGAAGGGACAAACGCAGAGAAACGUUUUCUUGUGCAAGGUGGUGGGGGCCCGCGGAGUGGGCAAGUCCUCCUUCCUGCAGGCUUUCCUCGGCCGUGGCCUGGGGGAUGCUGGGGAGCCUGCCGGGGAGCCCUCUGCCUACACCAUCGACACUGUGCAGGUCAACGGGCAGGAGAAGUACCUGAUCCUGUGUGAGGUGGGUGCAAACAGCCUCCUGACCGCCUCGGCCGACGCCACCUGUGACAUUGCCUGCUUGAUGUUUGACAGCAGGCACCCCAGGUCCUUCUCGCUGUGCGCCAGUGUCUACAAGCGCCACUACAUGGACAGGCAGACCCCCUGCCUCUUCGUCUCCUCCAAGGCUGACUUGCCCGAAGGCGUCUUGCUGCCUGGUCUGUCUCCGACUGAGUUCUGCCGUAGGCACCGGCUGCCCGCCCCCGCCCUGUUCUCUUGUGCCAGCCCAGCCGAGCCCCGCGCGGCCAUCUUCACCCGGCUUGCCACCAUGGCCGCCUUCCCACACCUUGUCCACGGGGAGCUGCACGCCACCUCCUUCUGGCUCCGGGUGGCGCUGGGGGCCGUCGGGGCUGCCGUCGCUGCCGUUCUCAGCUUCUCACUCUACAGGGUCCUGGUGAAGAGCCGAUGAGGCCCCGGACCCCGCAGUCUGAUCUCAGGGUGCUGGUGUGGGGCCACUUGCUUGGGGGGGGGGGAUGGAGACCCUCUCAACUUUGCUCCUGAGGACAGUCCACCUGCUGCCCCACCCCUGCCUCAGCCCCGAGGGUGGCCCCAGCUCCCAGCAGCCUGUGUCCGGCCUUGCUGCAGGUGCCGGGCAUGACCCUCUUUUGUGGGCAUCAUGUGUUGGAGGGACUGGGAGGUGUGGGUGAGGAAGUCAGUGACCCCAGACCCGAAUUCUCAGGGCUCCACUCCUCCUUCCUGGUCCCAUGUGGCCAGAGGGUAUGAAGGGGGUAAGAAGGCAGAGCUUUGGGCCAAAGGCAGGGGCAUGGAGGCAAGAAAUGGCUGGACCAUUGUGCGCGCCCCCACCCCCCAAUCUGAAGACAGGUCCAGGGCUGUGCCUCUCCCAGAAGACGUAUGAGAUUGGGUUUUCUGAUUAAACUUCACUUGUGUCUUUUCCA